AUGAGGCACGAAGCGCCCAUGCAGAUGGCGUCUGCUCAAGAUUCCAGAUAUGGCCAGAAAGAUACAUCUGACCAGAACUUUGAUUACAUGUUCAAACUGCUCAUCAUUGGCAACAGCAGUGUUGGGAAAACCUCCUUUCUAUUCCGAUAUGCUGAUGAUUCCUUCACUUCUGCAUUUGUGAGCACAGUUGGGAUCGAUUUCAAAGUAAAAACAGUUUUCAAAAAUGAAAAAAGGAUUAAGCUACAGAUCUGGGACACAGCAGGUCAGGAGAGAUACAGAACAAUUACCACGGCUUACUAUCGGGGUGCAAUGGGUUUCAUUUUAAUGUAUGACAUCACAAAUGAAGAAUCCUUCAAUGCUGUGCAGGAUUGCUUGGGACAGAAUUUCCUGCCUAUUCAGGAGCAACCGAAAGCUUUAUUUGAAGGUGCUGCUCUGAAAGUUCAGCAAAAACAAGAUAAAGGAUUACACCACCCUCAAACACUGAGCCUAGAAUUGUGGCAGCUAGCUUGCUGGGGCAGCUAG